AUGGCCAGCAAUGUUACCAACAAGACGGAUCCUCGCUCCAUGAACUCUCGUGUAUUCAUUGGGAAUCUCAAUACCCUUGUGGUCAAGAAAUCUGACGUGGAAGCAAUCUUCUCAAAAUACGGCAAAAUCGUGGGUUGCUCUGUUCAUAAGGGCUUUGCCUUCGUUCAGUAUGUUAAUGAGAGAAAUGCCCGGGCUGCGGUGGCAGGAGAGGAUGGCAGAAUGAUUGCUGGCCAGGUUUUAGAUAUUAAUCUGGCUGCAGAGCCAAAAGUGAACCGAGGAAAAGCUGGUGUGAAACGAUCUGCAGCGGAGAUGUACGGGUCAGUACCAGAACACCCUUCUCCGUCCCCUCUACUCAGCUCUUCUUUUGACUUGGACUAUGACUUUCAACGGGAUUAUUACGACAGGAUGUACAGUUACCCAGCACGUGUUCCUCCUCCUCCUCCUAUUGCUCGGGCUGUAGUGCCCUCAAAACGCCAGCGUGUAUCAGGAAACACCUCACGAAGGGGCAAAAGUGGUUUCAAUUCUAAAAGUGGACAGCGGGGAUCUUCUUCUAAGUCUGGAAAGUUGAAAGGAGAUGACCUUCAGACCAUUAAGAAGGAGUUAACCCAGAUAAAACAAAAAGUGGAUUCUUUACUGGAAAGCCUGGAAAAAAUUGAAAAGGAGCAGAGCAAACAAGGAGUAGAGAUGAAGAAUGAUAAGUCAGAAGAGGAGCAGAGCAGCAGCUCCCUGAAGAAAGAUGAGACUAAUGUGAAGAUGGAGUCUGAGGGGGGUGCAGAUGACUCUGCUGAGGAGGGGGACCUACUGGAUGAUGAUGAUAAUGAAGAUCGGGGGGAUGACCAGCUGGAGUUGAUCAAGGAUGAUGAAAAAGAGGCUGAGGAAGGAGAGGAUGACAGAGACAGCGCCAAUGGCGAGGAUGACUCUUAA